AGUCAGCAGAAGAACCACAAGGCAGUACAUUUUAGCAGAAAGUAAAAGUUAAUUCCUUACCAGCCCAAGCCCACAAAAAAAUAUAUUUUUUAUUUUUAAAACAAUUGUUUAAAAAUAUUAAGAAAAAGCAAACAGCGGACACACAAUGAGAGAGAGAGAUAGAUAGAUGCUGUUUAGAAUGAAGUUUUGCUUAAAAUUUGAAUUUAUAUAAUUAAAUUACACAAACAAAACACCCAAAAAAAGUAUACAAAAAAAUUUAUAAAAAAUUUGCUAAAAAAAAAAUUAUAUGUUUGAGUUUGCUUUUAAUGAGAAAAAUGCAUCAAUUGAUUUUCUUUGCCUGAAAUUGAACAGAAAUUGUGGCUGCUUUUCAGCCGAACUCUGCUCUGAUUAUGCAAAGGUAGGUCUUUGGUUUGUUUGUUUGGUUUUUUGGGAAAGCCCCCCAUUUGAAGUGGAGUGAAAAACCCAAAAACUCAAAGUGCGUCAUCAUGGGAUCACGGUUCGAUCGAGGCCUUCAUUGCAACAUCGUUAACAUCCGCUAAUUGUCAAAGUAAUCUGAAUAACGAAAGUUCAGAUAUGCCGAUCCACAGAUACAGAUACAGAUACAUAUACAUAUCGUAUGUACAUGCAUCCAUUCAUAUCUUCAGGGUAAAAUCAGUUUUGAGAGAUCUUUGAUCGAUGUGGGCUGCUGCUGUGACCAUCAAUAAUCCAGUUAACGCUGAGAGUCGGUCUGUCAGCCAAAUUGAAUCACCUUUCAUAUUAAUGGAGCUUUAAUCCCCCCCCAUCUGUCGUCUAGUGUUUCUUUGGCUCUCCGUAACGUGUUUCUUUUUCCUCGAAUCUCUCGAAUCUCUUUUUUCGCAGUUCCAUAAAAUAGUUAUUAAAACUUUAAGUGGCGCAUUAAAUUGCACAUUAUAAUGUCCCAGUCAUGAUUUAUAUAAGCUGUAUUAUGCUUUCAUUAUGUAGUAGGUGUGUCCAUAUGUGGAUGAGAGUGGAGCUUAAGAAAAGAGCUGGUCUUGAAAGAAAUUUGUAUGGUAAUAGGUCCUCAAAGAACUCGAAAGAAAGGCGUAAAAUAUUUUGUACAUUUACGAGGAAAAAAAUUGCCAAAUUCUCUGGAUAAUUUGAUAUUUUGGAAGCAGAGAGUCUGUUGAUUGAAAGCAAAGACUAGACUCUGAACUGGUACUAAUUAUCACUUUUGAAACAAUAGAAGAUUCAAUAAUAUGGUACCGAAACACUUAGCAUAUUUAUUUAUACUUAAAUGAAAAGAGAGUUUUCUAACUACUUUUGUCUAUAAAAGAAUGCUAUAACUAUAAUAAUAAUAUAUAAUAUACAAUAGGAAAAGGUAGCUCUACAACCGAAAUCUAAUCUAAUAAACUUUAGCUCGAAAUUAGAAAAACUCUUUUAUGGCAAACUCCUUAAAAUGCUACCCAUAUCUAAAUUUAAACCAAAAAAAUGAAUACAUUUUCGUUUCCAUUGAAGCCCCCGAGCAAUUACCUAAGUCUGAAUGAAACCAAUUUAAUGGAGUGCAAACACUACGACUCCGACUGCGAGUAUGUCAAAAAGCGGGCGUUGACGGCCAACAAAGCAACGCCACGGAGGAGAAAUAUGUACAUACUCUACGAACAGCCCCAAUGACUUACAUUUGUAAAGAGCCCCAACCGAACCGAACCGAAGGAGAAAGUGAAAUUUUUGCAUUUCUCAGUGAGCAGCAGCAGGUCUGGGCCAUUGCCAUGGGCCAUUGACAGCGACUCAGACAGCUGGAGACGACCGACCGGCUCUGGGGCUCGAACGGAGCCUCAGUCUGGGUCUUCUGAUCGCGAGGCAUUCAGUCAGAAACGAACCAACAACGGAGUCGGCCUAAACCGCACGGAAAACGCAUCGAAAUCGAAAGUGCUCUGUGACCGCGCGACUUGAAUCGCCAAGUGCUUGCUCUGUGAGAAGGGGGUGUCAUCCAGCCAUCAUAUGUCACCGGCUACGGUUAGCAAACAGACAGCCAUCCGGCUUUGGCCUGGGGCUGCUGUUUACCUGGUAGUUUUAUGCCUGGCCCAUGGGCCGUCGUUCGUCUUAUGUAAUGACAGCGAUGGUGAAAAUAUGCAAAAAUACGCGAAUGAAUCACUCGCAGUGGUGGAGGCGGACUCAAACGCUCCCAUUUGGUCGCAGUUUCUCGAAGAUUAUGUUUUGAGCCAAAGCAGCAGCCAGCGAACGUCCAAGGAUCUGCCGUACAUGGGUGGCGGGGAUAUGGGCAUGAGCAUGUCCAUUAACGGACCCCUUAACUAUCAUUCGUCGGCCUACAAGCGACCUGGAAACAACAUUUACAUCACGCGGCGGAUUGGCGAGGCUGUGGAGUUGGAGCCGCAUUUGCGCAAGCCCGUGGAGAGUCAGAGUCCCAUUGUGAAUCCCCAGUUCCGGCCGAUGACCAAUCAAAUGUUGCACCAACAGCAACAGCAGCACCUGCAACAGCAACAGCAACAGCAGCAGCAGCAGCAGCGACAGCAGCCUGGCUUCCUGCAGCAGCUUUUUGGCAUUGGCGGCAGUUCUGGGGGAGGCAAUCCCAAUCCCAAUCCUCCUCCUCCUCCCCAGCAGCAGCAGCAUCUGCGGCCAGUACCCCUGCAGCAGCAGCAGCACCAGCAACAGCAUCUCCAGGGCAGUGGCCAGCCCACAACAUUCCGGGCUGUUUCCGAGAACGAUCUGUAUCUGCUGGGUGCCAUCGAGAAGCUGGUCUAUCGUGUUGAUUACCUGGAGAGUCGCGUGCGACGGUCAGAGCAGUUGAUCUACUACCUGAUGGCUGGCAACAAGGAAGGCCAGAAGGAGGUCAAGGAUCCCUGUCCCACGAACUUUACGCGCAUCAGCGACAACUGCUAUUACAUCAACAGCCAGCAGCAGGUCAACUGGAAGACGGCCAAUUCGGCCUGCAAGGCCCUCAACUCGCAUUUGGCAGAGUUCGAAAAGGUCUCGGAGAACGAAGAGAUUAUGGCCUAUCUGCUGAACCAGCCGCCGCACAGAGGACGCGACUACUGGCUGGGCGGUCUCAACCCUGGUCUCCUGUGGAUCUGGUCCAACUCGGCCAAGCCUGUGAAUCCCAAUACGAACCUCACAUCGAUAGCCAUGGCCCAGAAGAGCGAGAAUGCCACGGCCUCCAAUCUGGUGGAUAGCUCCGAGGAGACAUCGGAGGACGGCAGCGAUGUCCUCAACAACACCGUGCAGAUCGAGGGCAAGGGACGGUGUCUCCGGCUGAGCUACAAUGCGGGGAAGCAUAGCUAUGUGUACUAUGGCCAGGAGUGCACUUCGAGGCACUAUUACAUCUGCGAGCACGAGGACAGGACGCUGGACAAUAAGAUCAAGAAGAUAUCCCGCGAGCUGAAGCUCUUCGAAUGACGAAUGUGAUAGUUCGA